AUGAAGACUGCGGGGCGGGAACCUCUGCCGCGGCGGAGUCCAAGAUGGCGGCGUGCGGUUCCGCUGUGUGAAACGAGCGCGGGGCGGCGGGUUAGUCAGUUUCGCGGAGAAGACCUCCGACGACCCGCUACAAUGAAGGGAAAAGAGCGCUCCCCAGUCAAGCCGAAACGCUCCCGUGGUGGUGAGGACUCGACUCCCCGCGGGGAGCGGAGCAAGAAGUUAGGGGGCUCUGGUGGCAGCAAUGGGAGCAGCAGUGGAAAGACCGACGGCGGCGGCGGGUCGCGGCGCAGCCUUCAUCUGGACAAGUCUAGCAGCCGAGGUGGUAGCCGCGAGUACGACACCGGUGGGGGCAGCUCCAGUAGCCGCUUGCAUAGUUACAGCUCCCCAAGCACCAAAAAUUCCUCGGGCGGGGGCGAGUCGCGCAGCAGCUCCCGGGGUGGAGGCGGGGAGUCACGUUCCUCUGGGGCCGCCUCUUCAGCUCCUGGCGGCGGGGACGGCGGGGAAUACAAGACAUUGAAGAUAAGCGAGUUGGGGUCUCAGCUGAGUGACGAAGCGGUGGAGGACGGACUGUUUCACGAGUUCAAACGCUUCGGUGAUGUAAGUGUCAAAAUCAGUCAUCUCUCGGGUUCUGGCAGCGGGGAUGAGCGAGUAGCCUUUGUGAACUUCCGGCGGCCAGAGGACGCGCGGGCGGCCAAGCAUGCCAGAGGCCGUCUAGUGCUCUAUGACCGGCCCCUGAAGAUAGAAGCUGUGUAUGUGAGCCGGCGCCGCAGCCGCUCCCCUUUAGACAAAGAUUCUUAUCCUCCGUCAGCCAGUGUUGUCGGGUCCUCUGUAGGUGGUCACCGGCACCCCCCUGGAGGAGGUGGUGGAGGCCAGAGAUCACUUUCCCCUGGUGGCGCAGCCUUGGGAUACAGAGACUACCGGUUGCAGCAGUUGGCUCUUGGCCGCCUGCCCCCUCCACCUCCGCCACCAUUGCCCCGAGACCUGGAGAGGGAGCGAGACUACUCGUUCUAUGAGAGAGUACGCCCAGCCUACAGUCUGGAGCCAAGGGUGGGAGCUGGAGCAGGUGCUGCUCCUUUCAGAGAAGUGGAUGAGAUCUCACCCGAGGAUGAUCAGCGCGCUAACCGGACGCUUUUCUUGGGCAACCUAGACAUCACUGUGACAGAGAGUGAUCUAAGAAGGGCUUUUGAUCGUUUCGGAGUCAUCACAGAAGUAGAUAUCAAGAGGCCUUCUCGGGGCCAGACCAGUACCUAUGGUUUUCUCAAAUUUGAGAACCUAGACAUGUCUCACCGGGCCAAACUAGCAAUGUCUGGCAAAAUUAUAAUUCGGAAUCCUAUAAAAAUUGGUUAUGGCAAAGCUACACCCACCACCCGCCUCUGGGUAGGUGGCCUGGGUCCUUGGGUGCCUCUUGCUGCCCUGGCACGGGAGUUUGACCGAUUUGGCACCAUACGCACCAUUGACUACCGCAAAGGUGAUAGUUGGGCGUAUAUCCAGUACGAAAGCCUGGAUGCAGCUCAUGCUGCCUGGACCCAUAUGCGGGGCUUCCCACUUGGUGGCCCAGAUCGUCGCCUUAGAGUAGACUUUGCAGACACAGAACAUCGUUACCAGCAGCAAUAUCUGCAGCCUCUGCCCUUAACUCAUUAUGAACUGGUGACAGAUGCUUUUGGACACCGGGCACCUGACCCUUUGAGGGGUGCUCGGGACAGGACACCACCGUUACUAUACAGAGAUCGUGAUAGGGACCUUUAUCCUGACUCCGAUUGGGUGCCACCGCUGCCCCCAGUUCGUGAACGCCCCACUCGGACUGCAGCUACUGCUGUGCCUGCUUAUGAGCCACUGGAUAGCUUGGAUCGCAGGCGGGAUGGCUGGUCCUUGGACCGGGACAGAGGUGAUCGAGAUCUGCCCAGCAGCAGAGACCAACCUAGGAAGCGAAGGCUGCCUGAGGAGAGCGGGGGACGGCAUCUGGAUAGGUCCCCGGAGAGUGACCGUCCACGAAAACGUCAUUGUGCACCUUCUCCUGACCGCAGUCCAGAAUUGAGCAGUAGCCGGGAUCGCUACAACAGUGACAAUGAUCGAUCUUCCCGUCUUCUCUUGGAAAGGCCCUCUCCAAUCAGAGACCGGCGAGGUAGUUUGGAGAAGAGCCAGGGUGACAAGCGAGACCGUAAAAACUCUGCAUCAGCUGAACGGGAUAGGAAGCACCGGACAGCUGCUUCCACUGAGGGAAAAAGCCCUCUGAAAAAAGAAGACCGGUCUGAUGGGAGUGCACCCAGCACCAGCACUGCUUCAUCGAAGCUGAAGUCCCCUUCCCAGAAACAGGAUGGUGGGACAGCCCCUGCAGCAGCAGCCUCUCCCAAACUCUGUUUGGCCUGGCAGGGCAUGCUUCUGUUGAAGAACAGCAACUUUCCUUCCAACAUGCAUCUGUUGCAGGGUGACCUCCAGGUGGCUAGUAGUCUUCUUGUGGAGGGCUCAACUGGAGGCAAAGUGGCCCAGCUCAAAAUCACUCAGCGUCUUCGUUUGGACCAGCCCAAGUUGGAUGAAGUAACUCGACGCAUCAACGUGGCAGGGCCCAAUGGUUAUGCUAUUCUUCUGGCUGUGCCUGGAAGUUCUGAUAGCAGGUCCUCCUCUUCUUCAGCCACCUCAGACACUGCCACCUCUACUCAGAGGCCACUUAGGAACCUCGUGUCCUAUUUAAAGCAAAAGCAGGCCGCCGGGGUGAUCAGCCUCCCUGUGGGGGGCAACAAAGACAAGGAAAACACCGGAGUCCUUCAUGCCUUCCCACCCUGUGAGUUCUCCCAGCAGUUCCUGGAUUCCCCUGCCAAGGCACUGGCCAAAUCUGAAGAAGAUUACCUGGUCAUGAUCAUUGUCCGUGCAAAACUGGUGAACAACGGAUGAAGAUACGGAAUUCAAAGCUCUAAUGGACCUUUUUGAAGAGAAGUUGUGGCUUAUGUGGAGUUUACAUGGGCCUCUUGAUGGAAGAAAGCUAAUCUGUUUAGUAUUUGUGCAUUUUACUAAAAUGGCAGCUUAAAGUUGUGUAUCUGCUAUUGUGAUGCCAAUGCCGGUGUUUUAAGUGGAAAAAAAAUGACCUUGCUUUGUGCUGUGUACACAAGAUUUCUGGAAAAGAAAAACCCUUUUUAUGGCUCACACAGCUUAAAAGUAGCUGUCACUCAAACGUGCGCUCACAGUUGAGCUGCUUUUGUUUUAUUCUAAAUAAAUUGUUUCUUUUGAGGAAAAUGUUUUUCUGCCUGGAAGUGAAUUGACGGCAAACCUUUGACCCCUUUGUUUGCAGCUGAGGGGGUACUUGCUGCUGCUCAGAUCU